AACUUCAAAACGACUCAAUACAUAACUUCAAAUUUUCUCUGAAAAUUUCUAAUCUUUCAAUUAUCAAAUUCAAUUUUUAAAAUUUCUUUCAAAUAUAAUUAUCAAUUUGAGUUUUAAAAUACUCAAUUACCAAAUUUACUUCCACCUGAUUCUUAGAUUCUCGAGAUUGAUUGGCAUCAGAGCCAAAUUUAUUUCCCUUCGCUUCCACCCGAUCUUUGGGAUCGAUUAGUAUUAGUAUUCAGAAGUGGUUUUAAGAUAACUCCGGUACUAGUAGCUGUGGUCAAUAAAAAUUAAAGAAGGGAUUCUCAGAUUCUGUUUUGUCGUGUUGUUCUCUGUGGAUACACAACAUAAUUAGGGUUUUAAUUAGAUUUGGAUUCAAGAUUCCUUCUUCCUCUUCAUUUUCCUAAGCAAGCUACGGAGCAGGAGGAGUUUUCAACCUUUCAUUAAUGGAAUUCGAGAUAACUGACACCAAGGAAAAUGAAAACAAGGAGCGCGAACUAGUUGUUCCAGUAUUAGGUGCUUCUAACUUGAACGGUGGAGAUCAUCCUGUUAGUCCGCCGCUUCAGCAACAUCCUUCCUCUCCUUCCCCCGUGCCCAUGGAGGCUAACUCCAUAACCUCUCACACGGGGCAUGCCAAUGCUGGUAGGAACAUACAACCACAUUCUACUCCAGCUCACCACUCAACGUGCUUACUUCCUGUUUCCAAUGAUCAAUCGUCACUGAAGCCUGAUGUAGAAACCACAAGCAAUGUGAAAUCUGAAUCCUCUUCUAUUUUUCAUUUCAAGACCCACACUGAUUCUACCUCCGAUCAUAUUCAAGCUGCUGAAGCUACAACUGAUGUCAAAACCGAAACCUCUUCUGUCUCACCUCCUAAACUCACAGAAAAUGCCAAAACUGAAACUUCUUCUGCAUUAACUCAAAGCAAAACGAAUUAUGAUUGUAACCCCAUACCAACUUGCCUUGAUGAACCUGAGCCACUUACCCCUUCUCCAUUAUUUUCUGAUAUGGAACUACUGAAGGAGAAAGUGGAAGAUUUGAAGAAUGGGGAUAAUAAAACGGAGUUGCCUACAACCCCUGUUAAUGGGAACAACAAUUCUGAGCUCUCAUUUUUUUUGGAUGACAUUCAUUUUUCCGAUGGCAAUGAGUCAGGAACAGAAGAGGAGCAAUCAGUCUUCAUGAAGCAACUGGAAAUUUUCUUCAAAGAGAGAGGCAUGGAAUUUAAGCCUCCUAAAUUUUAUGGGGAAGGGCUGAAUUGCCUUAAGUUGUGGAGAGCUGUUACUAAAUUGGGUGGCUAUGACAAGGUAACUUCAUGUAAAUUGUGGCGGCAAGUUGGAGAAUCUUUCAAGCCCCCAAAGACCUGUACUACUGUUUCAUGGACAUUUCGUGGUUUCUAUGAGAAGGCACUCCUUGAUUAUGAAAGGCAUAAGACUCGUGGGGCUGAGCUUAAUAUACCUAUUUCAUCGCAAGCAGAGGCUAUGAAUGUUGAUAAUCAGGCUUCAGGAUCUGGUAGAGCACGAAGGGAUGCAGCAGCACGUGCUAUGAGGGGUUGGCACUCACGUCAUUUUCGUAAUUGUGAAGUCAGUGAACCAAUAAUUAAGGAUAAGAAUUCUAUUUCUCAACAAAAGCGUGAGAAACAGCUUAAAAGCCUGGGCCUGCUUAAACGCAAGAAACCAUCGUAUUUGGACUGUGCUGUCAAGGCUUCAUGUACUAAAGUAUUGAAGGCACAUGUGGAGACAGCAGUGGUUGAUAUUGGAUCCCCAGCAGAUUGGGUUAAGAUCAAUGUGCAGAAAACUAAAGAUUGUUUUGAGGUCUAUGCUUUAGUUCCAGGCCUUCUUCGUGAGGAGGUGCGUGUUCAAUCUGAUCCUGCAGGACGCCUGGUAAUAAGCGGUGAACCUGAGCAUCCAGAUAAUCCUUGGGGUGUCACACCGUUCAAAAAGGUUGUCAACUUGCCCUCGAGGAUUGAUCCACAUCAGACAUCAGCGGUUGUAACCCUUCAUGGACAGUUGUUUGUACGUGUUCCAUUUGAGCAAAGCUGAGUAGUGGGGGUAAGGUGUGGAUGAUUGAAAGCCUGUGGCUCAUUUGUGCGUCCGUCCAUGUAGUGUUUAUUCUCGUUUUCAAAGUUAGUGUAGUUUCACUUAUGUCGUCAUUUAGUUGAAGCCCUCUUUAUAGUUUACAUUAUGUGAGAUACAGAUAUUAUGAUCUUAGGGGCCUCUGCGUCAAAGUUAGGGGCCUCAUUGACAAAAUUCCAUUGUCAAAUUGACAUGAGGCUCCUAUUUGUUUGAUUGUAAUGGAAAUGUAACCACGGUAUAUCUAUAACAAGAGGUAAUCUAUGUAAAUAAAAUAUAAGUAAUUUACCAACAGUUAUAUAUUUA